AUGGCACGCCUCGAGAACAACCUCUCCGACGACGACUACGAUGAGCUUGCGUCCGACCUCGACCUCGGCUAUGAUGUCAAGCCGUCUGACACCACUAUCGGGCAGAUCCUCAAGGGUACGCUUGACGAGCCUCGGUUCAAGUCGGUCAAUAUGCGUUAUCUUUACGAGCUCAUCCAGACCGAGGCCGUCAACCUAAACCCCGACUACCAGCGUAAUGUCGUGUGGUCCGACGUGCGCCAGAUGAAGCUAAUUAUGUCGCUUAUGCAGCACUACUUCGUACCGCCUGUCAUCUUCGCUGUCGAGAACAACGAGGAGAAGGGCCUUGAGGAGCGCAUCUGCAUUGACGGCAAGCAGCGGUGCACAUCGAUCCAGCGUUUCAUCGACGGCCGUAUCCCCUUCAUUUCGCCCAACACGCGCGAGAAGUUCUGGUACACUACUUAUCCAGGCCAGAAGGGCGGCAAGCCGCUUCCCGACCGCCUCAAACAACGUUUCGACCAGCUCCAGAUCCAGAUAGUCGAGUACCGCCACCUGGACAUGAAUCAACAGCGCGACAUUUUCCAGCGCGUCCAGCUCGGCAUGCCGCUCUCCGCGGCAGAGAAGCUACAGGCCCUCGGCGGCCACUGGACGACGUGGAUCACGCACCUCGAGAAUAAGUACGUCAUCGAGCCAGGAGGCCUCAAGGACAAGUUGCCCAAGUUCGACGUCGACCGCGGACGCCCUUUCCAGGUCCUCGCUUCACUAUGCAUGAUGGCUUACGACUCCGAGAGCCAGACGGUCCCCACUAGCACGACGAUAACGCGGUUCCUCGAACGCGGCGACCGCCCAGAGAGGUCGUUCCAGCGCAAGGUCGAGAUGACACUCGCCAUCUUUGUCGAGAUCGCGACGGACUUUUACGACACGGCGUUCGAGACGGUUGAGCAACGUGUAGCCCCUGUCGAGUUCAUGGGCAUCGGUCUGCUCAUCUUCCAGCGCAUGGACACGUACAGCACCCUGCGCCUCGCCGAGGAGAUCACAAAGAUGCGUGUUCACAUCCGCAGCCGCCAUCGAGACAUUCGUUCGAACGCAAAGGUCGUCAAGGACGUUUACGCGUACCUUGAUGGUGUGCCAGCUGGCAAGCUGACCGGUGAGGUUUCAGCUCGCGAGGACUUCAACGGUUCGGACAGCGACGACGAGGUGCAGCAGGCGCGCAUCCGCAAGAGACAGCGGGACGAGGACCGGGACGACACGUACUAUGACGCGGCGGCCCCGCGCGGCGAGGAGUCGGCAGUCAUCACCGGCCUCCGCUCCAAGAAGUCCAAGACGUCGGAGAAGGGCAAGGCCGCAGCCAGGCCCGAGCCGGCGUCGACACUCCCAAACCCCUCCCAACCGCCUCCCACGUACUCUCCCCGCCCGUCCGCUGCUCAGCCAGCUCCAGCCGCCGGUCGUCCUCCGCCCAUUGGUAUGGACGCGCCCAAUCGCGGCCCCGAGCAUGCACUGACCGCCCACCAGCCUCCCCACACGCAGAAUCGCUCCCCGCCCCAGCAUUACAUCGUUCCCAAUUACCGGAACCAGGAGUUCAGCAACCCCGGUCACGGGUACCAGCAGCCGCCGUACGGCGGCCGUCGCUAG